GCUUCAUGCGCCGCUUGCUCUCUCGCCCCUUUACCCGCUCGUUUUUGAUCUCUCGCCUCAUUGUCUCAACCUUUCCCGCUUUUCGCUCGUCAGUGUUCGCCACGUAAUGUCCAACAACAGCCAGCUCGCCGCCAAGAACAAGAGACGGAAUGCAACCCUGUCGUGCGCUGAAUGUCGUCGCCUGAAGCUGAGGUGCUCACGAGUGUUCCCCUGCGCGAGCUGCGUGAAGAAAGGCUGUGCCGCUAUCUGCCCUGAUGGGUCCCUCACCACCGGCAAGGGCAAUAGGUUUGUGCUCGCCAACACCGAAGCACUUCAUGACAAAAUCACUGUCCUCGCCAACCGUGUGCGUGCGCUAGAGGAUGCGCUUGAAGAAGCCCACUCGAAUCUCUCAAGCGAAGCCCACCCACUUUUAUCCAAUGAACUGCGUGCCCUGAAGCGGCCGCUUGAGAGAGAAUCGCCGGAAGAACAGGCACAAGAGCAGGAACAGGAGGUCGUCGAGUCAAUCAAUGUUGGAUCACUAUCUAUCUCGGAGUCUGGGCAUACUCAAUUCUUCGGCGGGAUGGCAAAUGCCUGGUACCUGUUGCAGCAAGAAGCCGGUAGUGACGAUGAGGAAAUCAACCCGCAAUUGCAGUUGCCAACGGAAAUACCUUGGCUUAGUCACACGUUCCCCUUCUCCACCGCCGUGACUGAGACCGCGGCCGGUAUUCGCGAAACCGUGUUAGCCUCGCUUCCCGACCAUGCGAAAGCCCGUGAACUGGUCACAAUAUACUACAAACAUGCCGCAUGGAUGUAUAACCCCAUUCCAGAAGCAGAGUUUGAAGACACGAUCUUCUCCCGCAUCUACGGACAGCGGAUGGAGACCGAGCCUGCGCCAAAGGAUUCGCACCGGCUGGCAGUGUUUUGUCUGGUCCUCGCGCUGGGAGCGCUCCUCGACCUCGACAAGCCCGCGCUGUCGGCGGAGGCAACGCGCUACUAUCAGCUCGGUCGAGCUGUCCUUAGCUUGGACUCUAUCCUGGAGAAUCAGUCUAUCCCGGCUAUCCAGGCGGUGAUCCUCAUGUGCCACUACAUGUUCCUCGCCUUCGUCGAGGGUCCCCGGUGGGCUUUGAUGGGCCUCGCGGUGAAAUUGGCCCAAAGCCUCGGUCUCCAUCGCGACAGUGGCAAGUGGAAUUUGGACCCUAGGGAGACGUUCAGGCGACGCUCGCUCUUCUAUGAAUUGUACACGUACGACUCAUGGCAGAGUUUGACCUAUGGUCGGCCACCCUCUUUUGCAAUGUCAUUCGUCGACUGUCAGAUCCCUGAGGAGCCCACGAAAAAUGCUCACGGAGAGUAUGAGAUGAGCUUUGCGGCAUGGAAGCACCGCUUCUCUUCCAAGUGUCUCAGCGUUGUCCAUGAGCAGGCCUUCGGCGCGAAGCUCCCUCGCUAUCACACUAUCAGUGAGCUGGAUAAGAGGGUGCGCGACUUCUAUGUCCCGCCCUCCCUGCGGGUCUCAGGAUUCGGUGGAGCAUCUGUGGAGAGCCCUCAUGUCCAGCCGCCUGUUGAGCUAACCAUGCAGCGGUAUAUCGCUUUUGCCAUCAAGGAGAUAACGUUAUUCUACUUGCACCGUGGCUUCUUCGCAAAGGCCCUCGAAGAUCACCCCGGGGAUCCGCUGGGGAGCAAAUACGCGCCAUCCGUUCUAGCGGCAUACAAUAGUGCUUGCUCCUUUGUCGGGCUCAUCCGGAGCUUGUACUCCCAGCAUCCAAGUCUGACGGAGCGCAUGUGGUUCUUGUUUACUCAUGUCUUCUCUUGCUCGAUCGUCCUGGGCUCCAUUGCGACGAAGUGCCCCAAUAUGGCUCUUGCGCCUUCUGCUCUCUCCAACCUCGACUCAGCAUUGAAUCUCUUCGACCAGGUCUCACGUAAUGCGCGAGCAGCGAAAGUUCUGCCUGUUCUGCGGAAGCUCAAAGCACGAGCACUGGCUGCAAAACAAUCCAUGAAUAGCGGUCCUAUUUCUGCAUCCUCAUCUCAAAGCUCGGUAGACAACACCACAAUCAAAGAGGAAGACGAUGAGCUCGCUGCGCUUGGCGGGAAGACGAGGCUCAUCUCCAGAAAGUCUCCAGGAUCGAACUCCCAGCCCUCUUCUCCGCAACCAUCGUCGGGACAGUCUAUGAGUCCCGUAGACCAGUCAGCCGUGCCACCAUACAUGUCUCCUGAGACACCACCCUCCGCUCCUGACACCGCCUCGCCAAUACAACAUGAUAACACCCAAUGGAACAGCGGGUACAUCGCGGCGGCAGAUAUGUAUGGCUAUCCCUAUGCCCCUCAUGAGAUCAAUGAAUGGCAGCAGCCGCAGCCACAGCCGCAAAUUCAUCAUGGCCACUCGCACGUGCAGAUGCACAAUAUGGCGGUCAACAUGGAGCAGGUGCAGUAUGCUGACGGGUAUGAGCAGCCGAUGGCGCACGCGCCGGCUAUGGUAGGCCAUCCACACCAAUACAUGUCUCAGUCUCCUGUUCAGAUGCACCCGCACACGCACUCGUCGGAUCCGCAUGGAGCGUGGAACUAUCUGUUCGCCCAGUUCAACCAAGUAUAGAUGGCGCGGUGUGCAUGUUGGUUGAACGUGUCACGGUUGACUGCUCCCAAUAUUUGUCUUGAUGCAGAGUUCGUCUUGAUCAUCUUUUUACUUUGCUUUGGUGGUUUAGUCUCUGCUAUGGGUAUCUGACCGCGAGUAGCUAUAGUGUAUAUUUUUUGUUGUAUGGUAGCACUAGUUACUUACUAUGUUCAUGUACUAGAACUCAUGUGCUACUUACUUAAUAUUCGUGAUGUC